CGGGCGGACGCUGGGACUUUGCGGUCAACAGAACAAACAGACCCCGGCUGCUGCUGCUGCUGCUCCCGCUGCCCCUCCUGAGGUUCUUCCUUCUCCGGCAGCCAGCGCGACCGCGCCUGCAGACCAUUAAACCUCCAUCAAACACGAAAGGGUUUCGCAAAACGGCCGUGGGAGUCACAGUGACAUGGACAGCCACAGAAGUCACACACCCUGCAGAACUAACACUGGAGUCUUGCCUGAAGUGCCAAGCAGAAAAUGACUCAGGGAAAUGGAAUCAAAGGGACGAGCGAUUGUUGGCUCCACUCCGAGGACAGCAGCGGUUGUGAGCAGGCCAAAGGUAUGGAGUGUGACAACGUUUAUGAGGCCCGCGACUGUGAACCCAAAAGUGGGGGACCGGGGGAAGAAGAACCCAGAGACUCUGAGGCUGUAAGGGGGCCCGUCACAGCUCCAGAUGGCGGCUGGGGCUGGGUGGUGCUGGUUGCCACCACCUUGGUCCUGGCUUUGACCCUGGCCUUCCCUUCAUGUGUGGGGAUCUUUUACACGGACUUGCAGAAUGAUUUCCACGCCUCCAACAGCGCAACCUCCUGGGUGCCCUCCAUCAUGACAUCCGUGCUUCAUGUAGGAGGUCCCUUUUGUAGCGUGUUGGUGGAGAAAAUUGGCUGCCGAGGCACGGUCAUGUUGGGCGGAGUCCUGAGUGGGCUUGGAAUGGCUGCCAGCUCAUUUACCCAGUCCAUCACCCAGCUAUACAUCACAGCUGGGGUUAUUACAGGACUCGGUUUCUGCUUCAGCUUCCAGCCAGCUGUGACAAUCCUUGGACACUACUUUGUACGCCGUCGCACAUUUGCUAAUGCCAUGUCCUCCACGGGCACAGCCCUGGGACUGUGCACUCUGCCUAUCCUUGGUAACUACCUCCACACAGAACUGGGCUGGAGAGGAAGCUUCCUUGUUCUGGGGGCCGUGCUGCUCAACUGUUGUGUUUUCGGCGCAGUCAUGAGGCCGCUCCAGCCCCGCAAGCACAGAGGCAAGCCCCUGAUGAACCAUGAUCCCCAUCCAUCAGAGAAGGAAAAAGCCAGCAAGGAAAAAGGCUGUAUGAGGAUAGUAUUUAACUACCUGCGAGCCUCCCUGAGCAAACACAUGGCCUUUGACCAGUUGUGCAACAACCGACGUUACUGUAUGUAUUCCAUAGGCAUCACCUGGAUGAUGCUUGGGUUUGUGGUGCCGUUGAUUUAUCUGGUUCCCUACGCCACCGCAAACGACAUGGAGCAGGACCGGGCCGCACUGCUGCUUUCCAUCCUGGGAAUCGUCAAUAUUGUGGUUCGACCUCCAGUUGGGGUCAUUUUCAACAUGCCCUGGUUCAAGGGGCGACACAUUUACAUAUUUGCCUCAGCUUUGCUGGUCAACGGGCUCAGCAACGGUAUCUGCUGCAUUGGGCCAAGUUUCCCAGUGCUGUUGGCUUAUGUGAUAACCUACGGCCUGUCCAUGAGCUUGGUGGGCUCCCUGAUGUUUACCGUCCUCAUGGAUGUAGUGGACAUGAGCCGCUUCCCCUCAUCCCUCGGCCUACUUGCUGUCAUGGAGAGCGUCACGCUGCUCAUUGGGCCUCCUCUGGCAGGGAUCCUGAUUGACUACACUGGCCAGUACUACCACGUAUUCUUUGUCUGCAGUGUUGUUGUGGCCUCAGCCGCCGUGUUCCUCAUGGUGUCAUUUUACUGGCUGGACAAGCAGGAGAGGAGAAACGUGCCUCAGCAGAGUCAGUCGUCCCCUCUGCCUAACCCGGCCCCACCUGCUGUCGACAUAGCUCCGGGCUGCCAGUACAGCAGUGUGCCCACAGAGGGAGACAAAGACAAGGUGUCGACCAAGGGGGCAGAAAACAACACCAGUGUCUGAAGCUGCUCACACAGUGUAAUCUUGCCUGGUGCACCAGAUGGUGCAAAGUUUACAUUUCAGUGGUUGAAAGGCUUUGCACACCAGACCUGGUCUCAAUUUUUCCCUGUGAGAUAAACAUCUGCCAUCUGGUCUGCCAUAAAAGUUAGGGGGGAAAAAAUAUAUAUAGUUCUAUGAAUAAUUAACACAAUAUGAUCUCUCAGAAUCAGCAGAUGUGCACUUGCAACCACAAAGUGAUUAUACUGUUAAUUGUAAAAAUGCUGCUGAUCGUAUCCAUAGGAUCACGCCUUCAUACGUCAUAUGAGAUAUCUCAUUUUAUGCGAUCCUAGGGGAAAUCUUACCAAAAAAAAGCAUUUCAGAUGUGUACUGUUGAACACUGGUAUAGUCAGCUUAACCAUCAGUGUUUUAAUCACUUAAUUACCAUCAGUGCUUGAAGUGGUAAAAAAAACAAGUGCUGGUACUCCGCUUAUCCAGAUACAUGUCUGUAAGUAUUACUUCGUCAUUUAACAAUAAAUGAGGAAAAUCUUCAGUAAAUAAAAGACACCGUAAGAUGUAAGUAAUGUUCACAACAUCUAUUUAUUUAAAUAUUCAGUCUUUAUUAAAAUAAAUAACUUACUGCAUGUUUCACAUUUUUGCCAGCUCGUUAAGAUUAUCCUUUAAACUUUAUAGUCGGUGAAUAAAACUAAGCAUUAAUGAAAAUCUUUUAAACGCUUUUAAUAGAUAUUGUUCUUCUUCUGCCUUUAGGGGUCGCACACAGCAGAUAAUCUGCCUCAUACAUAUAAAAAAUAAAAACUCAAGACACUAGACUCAUGCGAGAAAGGGUACAUUUACAUUUAAGCAUUUAGCAGACACUUUCACGCUUGGAAAGAACUCCACAAGAUAGGAACAGUAGACUGAUAGAGGGUGAGAGUGCCGAGGUGGAUCCAAGUGCAGAAGGAGAUAGGGGAGGGGCUAGGACAGAAGAUGCUCUUGGAAGAGCUGGGUUUUCAAGACCUUCUUGAAGAUAGACAGGGACACCCCUGUUCAGGUAGUGCUCGGUAGGUCAUUCCACCAGCAUGGAACAACACAUGAAAUAAUAAUAAUAAUAACUUUGAUUUAUAAAGCGCCUUUCGCGAAACCCAAGGCCGCUGUACAGUUGAAAACAGAAGACAGAUCCAAAACACUAACAAACAAACAAUCAUGUGGCAAUCAUGUGUUGCUUUAACAGUGAUAUACAUGACUCCAGAGUUGGUGCCUGGGGAAUAGUCAGAGGGAGUGAGUUCCAGAGGGUUGGAGCAGCGACACUGAAAGCCCUGUUGCCAAAGCGGAGAGGAGACUGAGGUCAGCAGACCGCAGAUGACAAUCCUUUGAUGAACAGAGUAGUCGAGUAGUAACAUAAGCAUUUAAGUAGGUUGGAGCAGACCCAUGAAGCACUUAAUGAAUUAUGAAUUGAACAGAUAAAGUAAGAUAAAGUAAAUAAAAUGUAUUUGAAAUAGUAAAAUGACUGCAUACUGGACAGUACUGGCCCACUUCAAGCGCUGGUCGUGAUCAAAUAACAACUUAGCUGUAAAUGGGCGACAUCAAGGUGGUAGAAUACAAAGUAAUUAUCAAGGAAAUAGUUGUUAUUUGUUAUAUUUUUCUUAUUGUCAAAAAGUAAUCCUGCAUCAUCAUCAGGCCGCAGGAAUAUUACUGUACUGGGAAAAAUACACGUCGUAGACCAUGAUGCUCAUGAUGCUCUGAGUUGUUUCUCUCUGAAAUAUCCUGGUGUAUGAGGAGUCGUAUUAUACACAAUAGAAGGAUGUACUUUAGAAGAGGAUAUUGUUGUUUGUUUAUUUUAAUUUUCUUUCAUUCUCUAAAUGUCAUCCAGUUGCUACUGAUUUAAUUACAUGUCUUUAUAUUUCGAAGGUGUCGAUUUCCGAUGUGCCUCACUGAAGUGAAGGCGUCGAUGUUGAGUUUAAAACUUUGAGGUUGCAUUGAAAAACAAGGUUGUUCACUGUUGCAUGUAGAACAUAUCUUAUCUACUGUAAUAGUCAGCAUAUUAAUUAUGUUUCUGCUUCCAUGUGCUCUUUAUUCCUUUACGGAACAGUGCCUUUUUUAUAUAUGUAUAUAUAUAUAUAUAUAUAUAUAUAUAUAUACAUAUAUAUAUGUAUAUGUAUAUAUAUAUAUGUACAAAUUCUCAAAGAUCAUUAACAUCCACAGGGUAAUAUCAGACCCUUUCAGGAACACACAUUUCAUCACAAGAGCGCUCUGAGGAAACUUACACAUUUAUUGACGCUGUAAGUGAGUUUACCUGCAGGUCCAUUCAGAGUUUAUGUGACAGACUUGUCCUUCAAAGAGUGAACACUUGGACUAUCACAGCAACAGAAGACAUUUGAACAAAGCUAUUUUAUUCCAGAUGUGACUGACAAUGAUUAUACUGUACAUUUCAGGUAUAAGUAAAAAAAAAAAAAAAAAUGUAACCAGAUGCUCCUCUACAAUGAUAGAAUAUAUGAGUUGUUUUUUAGAGCUCGUCUUGCUUUGGGCCAAAUUAUACCUUUUAUUAUAAAUUCUUUAUUUAUGCAAAACAUAAUGAUUAUAAGGAAAAUAAAUGUUUGAUUAUCAGUCAUUUCUUUAUUGUUA